UCAGCGGACCACAAUUUUGUACGGUCGUAUAGAUUACAACGCACGUUAAUAAUUUUCGUUUACCUAAAUUGAAAUUGAUACAAUUUGAAAGAAAAGAAGGUUAAAUAUUUCUCGAUUUUUGCCGAGAGCAAUGCAGUGGCUUAUGUUACUCUGCUACACAACUGCCGCAAGUGCACUUAGACUCGCUGCAUAUGUAUCUUCUGGCGGCCUUCAUGGAGAAUUUCGAUUCGAAAGAGCUACAGAAUCUUCGGUACGAAUACGAUAUUCGCUGAAACCAACUUUACAAUAUCCGGAUCAGCAAUGGCUGUGGUCAGUCACUUAUUUUUCAGUCGACUAUACAAUCAUCGAUGGCAGAUGUGACGAACAACAUAUUGGGCAAAGUAUGAUUGAUUUGACAGAGAAAGUCGGUCCUUUGGAAUUGCCAACGAAUCAAACAGGUUCAAUAGAAGUGGGUGAUCUAUCUUUAACAGGAGAAAUGGGAUUGUGGGGGAAGAGUUUGGUAUUAAAAGAUAAUUAUUCGCCAAGAACGAUAUGUGCUUCUAUUACGGUUCUUGAAAGAGGUAUCGAAAAAUUUGCUCAGGCACGUUUUCACGGUCCUAUUGCUGGAACAGUUUUGUUCCGAUGGUUGGACAGUCAAGUAGACGAUGAUCUUGAUACAAUUAUCUACACAAAUUUACAUCACAUUCACAAACAGAAAUUACAGUCGCUAAACUACACUGAGCAUCAUUGGAAAAUAUACGUUACUGAUAUUUUAGAAACUGGCAAAGAUAAAAACAACUGCAAUAUACUCCAAAAUGUAUUCGAUCCUAAUAAUUCUGACGUUGGAAAAUCUAUUGGAGAUGUCGAUGUACGUUUAGGCAAAAUAAAAGUUGCUAUUGACUCACAGGAAAGAUAUAAAACUUUUUAUAGAGAUUCUGAACUAUCUUUACUACCAACGAAUUUGCUUGGUCCACAUCGUCACUUAUACUUAGUUAUCUUUCAUCCUGUGCACGAGGAUUCGUUUCUGGCCUGUACGAAAAUAAAUCAUCGUAAGCCAACAUAUACCAAGGCCAUAAUUAAUUCACGUGGUAUUAGAGGCCAAAUUACGGCGAUUCAAGAGACGCCGUUUAAUCCAACGUGGAUCAAUAUUUCAUUAACAACAAUAAAUAAUUUGGAAAUUAGAUUACGGUACGUCACUAAAAUAGCAUCUUAUAGGAUUCACGAAUUACCACCAGAACCAGCAAAAAAUAUCAGAAUUCCUAUGGAUUCAUGCUCAACUACUAAGAAAUUGUUCAAUCCUUCGAAUAUCGACGAACAGACUACUCCACCACCAGGUUACGGUACUCAGGAUCAAUACGCUAUUGGCGAUCUAUCUGGAAAGCUUCAGGACCGAAAGGAAGGAUCAUAUCAUAAUGAUAUUUUACCUGGAAGCGCUAAACUUAGUGGAAUUUAUUGGGAUACAUAUUUACCACUUUCUGGGAUUCACAGUAUUAUUCACAGAUCUUUAGUUCUUUACAGGUACAAUGAGACUGAUAACGCAGGCAUGGUUCCAUGGGUGUGUGGCAUGUUCGUACUUUAUACACCGCAUACUAAUUGGCAAAUGCCGUUAUAUACAGCGGAAGUGGUAUUCAGAUAUCCCAUUGUUGGUAGGAUACUUUUCCGACAAUCUAGAGAUGAUCCUGAGAUGGAUACUACUAUAAUAAUAGAAUAUCUCGUUCAUGCAGAUGGCAAUGCAAUAAAUAAUACUGCGAACCAUAGGUGGAUGAUACAUGAGAAACCAUCAGGAAAAGAUUUUUACAACUGGACAAAUCGAUGUUUAAGCGCUGGAUCACCCUAUAAUCCAUAUAAGCCUGACAUCACGUUGGUGCUCUUUUAUCCGUAG